AUGUUGGCCAUCCGGGCCGCCAUCAUCUUCCUGGUGUCCAGUCGCAGUUGGGGGGCGGGGGGUCCGGGCGGGGAGGCCGCUCGCUUCGUCUGCACCGCCAUCCCUCCGGACGCCGACCCUCCGUGCCCCGUCCCCGGCCCCGCGCUGCCCCUCCAGGGCGGCGCCCCCCCUCCCCCUCCCCCGCCGCCGCCGCCGGAGCGGGAGCUGCGGGUCAACGUGGCGCAGCUGCGGGAGACCGUCGUGCGGCAGCGGGAGACGCUCGGGCACCAGAAGGAGACCAUCAAGGAGCUGACCGCCAAGCUGACCAGGUGCGAGGCGGCGGCGGGAGAGGGCGCCCGACUGGACGGCGCCAAGUACGGGGCUUCCCGAAGGAAACCGUUGGCCAAGAGCGGCGGGAAGGACACCAUGGGGGACCUGCCCCGGGACCACAGCGAGGUGGUGGAUCAUCUCGGCAGGACCAUGCAGGCGCUCAAGGACAGGCUCCAGGCUCUGGAGCAACAGCAGUCCCGUCCCAAUCUUUCCAAUGUUGUUUUCCCGACUGACCUCCGUGAACAGCUUCAGAGGAAACUAGGAGAAUUAGAGAGUCAACUUAUGAACAAAGUCUUGGAACUUGAAGAUGAUAAAUUUACACUUCAAAAUGAAAGUGCGUCACACCGUUUUAGGACAGAAUCCGCUUUGAAUGCCUUACAUGAAAGAGUUACAGAAUUGGAAAAAGGAACAAAUGCCUUUAAGUCGCCUGAUGACUUUAAGGUAUCACUGCCAUUGCAAACCAAUUAUCUCUAUGCCAAAAUAAAGAAGAGCAUUCCUGAGAUGUACGGCUUCACUAUCUGCUUGUGGAUACGGUCCAGAGGUUCAUCUGGCAUCGGAACUCCCUUCUCUUACGCUGUGCCAGGACAAGCAAAUGAAAUUGUUCUGAUUGAAUGGGGAAACAAUCCAAUUGAAUUACUCAUCAAUGACAAAGUUGCUCAGCUGCCGAUGACUAUCAAUGAUGAUAAAUGGCACCAUAUUUGUGUAACAUGGUCCACCAGAGAUGGCAUAUGGGAGGCUUAUCAAGAUGGAGAAUUACGUGGCAGUGGAGAGAACCUGGCACCUUGGCAUCCAAUCAAGCAAGGUGGCAUCCUGAUCCUGGGCCAAGAACAAGACACCAUAGGUGGGAGAUUCGAUGCCACUCAAGCUUUUGUGGGUGAACUCAGUCAUUUCAAUAUAUGGGAUCGGAUCCUGAGCUCAGAGGAUAUCAUGAGCAUUGCCAACUGCUCUGCCAACCUGGCCGGCAACAUCAUUCCAUGGGUCGACAACAACAUCGAUGUGUUUGGUGGAGCAGCCAAGCUGCCACUGGAGACUUGCCAAGAGCGCUUAAGCAGCUCGUGAUCACUGUCAGAAUUCACAUAAGUGCCCCAUUUUUGCAGAGACGACUUUCUCUUCAGAGAUUAAAUGCGUCAUCGAGUACCUUGUUCCCCAGGUGAUUCUCCAGCCCCUUUGAGGGAGCAAUCAGUGUAGGUUCCUUUUUUAUUUUGGGGAGAUCAUUGGAAAUCAUGCUUAAACACGCAAGCAUCCGGGAAGCUGGCGGUCAUACCCUGUAUCCCUUGGAAGUUAACAUUUGCUUUCAAUUUUUUUGCUGGUUAGAAAUAUUUGCUUUCCAUAUGAAUUUGUAAUAAUUGCAGACAACAGUUCAUCUGGGGUAAAGAUUCUGCAGAAACAUUCUUGCAGUAAGAAGCAUCUUAAAUGGGAUUUAGGUUAGGAGAAAAAAAACACCAGUGCAGACGUGCUGGGCCAAAUGAUCCGUUUCUAUGCUAUUACAUUCACUUUCUCGCACAGUAUCUUCUUAGGCCAUUUAAAAUAAAACAAAACAUUUUCAGGCAACCAUUUAGUGACAUGUUGAAGGAAGAGUGUUCUGUUUAGCUUCAAUCAUUUGUUAACAUUUCGUGAAUGUAUUUGAAUA